AUGACCAAAUUGGCAUCGCCCCAAUUGGACACUGCCGUAUUGCCAAAUAAUUCUAUUUAUUUUGCAAUUACUUCAACAACGGCAAAGAUUUUUAGCGACAGUUUGGUACUCUUUUCCGGUAUAUAUUAUUGUGAGCAGAACUACAGACAGACUGAAAGAAUUAUACGAUUGAUCGAUCACAUUCUUACCAAGAAGAAAAUAACAAAAGAAAUACAAGAAACCCUCAAGGAGUUCAAGAGCCUGAUCGUAUCGAGACCUAUCAACUACCACGCAAUGAAUUUCUAUCGCCUCGACUACGCCACUUUAGUUUCGAUGGCUUCAGUUAUUGUUACAUACUCAAUAAUUCUUUUGCAAAAUUUAUAA